GAUAACCGUGCAGUUCUUAACUUUUAGUGCUAUGGUCAGUUCCAUACAGCACAGUAACUUCCACAUAGUGAAUGACUGCAUUAUUGGAUCAUUACAGCAACUUUUAGAAUUCUGUCCUCGGGGUCAGUGAAGUCCAGAUGCAUGAGUCUGGGUCAGAACCAACACGCCACACCACUCCAGCAAGUCAGACAGAGAUCGAGAGUCGUACUGAGAAUGAGGGUCGACUGAGCAGCAGCCUGUCUCCUCCCCCAGAGGCACCAAGGAUUCCCGUGUCAUUGUCGGUGAUGACCCCACCAGCAGAGGCGCCACAGCAGCUUCAACAGACCCCACAGCAACAGACCCUCAGUCCUCAGCAGCUCCAAGCUCUGCUCCAGCAGCAGAAAGCACUCAUGUUACACCAGCAACAAAUUCAGGAGGUCUUCAAGAAUCAGCAAGAGCAGCUAAAUAUGCAGUUGCUGCAACAGAAGAAUGCUGGGAUUGUUAGCCAAGAGCUGACCGCUCAGCAGAUCGCCAUCCAGCAGCAGCUCCUUCAGAUGCAGCAGCAACAUCUCCUCAACCUGCAGAGGCAAGGCCUGCUGUCUGUCCUUCCCUCCAGCCCCUGCACAGCUCCAGGCUCUGAGAAUGGUAGCAUCCUGUCUUCCAGUGGAGACACCAGAGAGUCCUCCGGUCAUCAAUCCGCCCCCAAUGGUCAUCACAGUCUCCCGAAGAGAAGAGAAAGUGGGACAAUGGAUGAAAACACACAAAAUAGCCAUUCUCUGUAUGGAAAUGGAAUGUGCAAAUGGCCCGGCUGUGAGACGGUGUUCGGAGACUUUCAGGCCUUUCUCAAACAUUUGAACAAUGAACAUAUACUGGACGACAAGAGUACAGCACAGUGUCGUGUCCAGAUGCAAGUGGUUCAGCAGCUGGAAUUGCAGCUGAAGAAGGACAAAGAGCGACUGCAAGCUAUGAUGGCUCAUCUCAAGUCCUCUGAACCCAAACCCGCAGUGCAGCCUGUGAAUCUGCUGUCUAACGUGUGCUUCUCCCAGGCAACAUUGCCCAAAGGCCUUCCUCCUAUGAGUCUGUCUCAGAGUGCCACGGCACCAUCCACACCCCUGACGCCACUCUCUGAAUCCCCUUCAGUCCUCACUCCCAAUAGCAUGUUCACUGGGACCCCUGUACGGAGGCGGUACAGCCGCUCAGUGAGCCAAGGUAACGAUAUAAUUGAUAACAAGGAGUUCUACUUGAGCACAGAAGUUAGACCUCCAUUCACAUAUGCAUCUCUCAUAAGACAGGCAAUAUACGAAUCCCCCCGGAACCAGCUGACGUUAAAUGAAAUCUACAACUGGUUCACAAGAAACUUUGCAUAUUUCAGGCGCAACGCAGCAACUUGGAAGAACGCCGUCAGACACAAUCUCAGCCUCCAUAAAUGCUUUGUACGUUUGGAGAACGUGAAGGGAGCCGUGUGGACGGUAGAUGAAAUCGAGUUCCACAGAAGACGGCCCCAGAAGACGGCUGGUAGCGGAUCUCUGCUGAAAAACUCUCAGAGCCGUCAGAGCUUAGCUCAUCAGAGCGCUGGUCUAGACAACUCUCACUACAGUUCAGCCUCCAUGGGCAGCAUCCCACUGCACUCCCUGCCUCAUGUUCUCCAGGAGCAGAUGAAUGGAGCCCUGGCUAAUGGAUCAGGAUAUCACAGUGACAGCAGCGCCACACAGUCCCCCCCACAGGCUUUCAUUAAAGAGGAGCAGGAGGAUGAGGAGAUAUGUGACAAUUAUCCCUACGAAUCUCCGGAGAGCCCGGAGGAGCUCGGCCACAGCCCCGAGAUGAGCCAGGAAGAAGACAGCAGCAGCCUCGGGAGGCACAACCUGCAUCUGGACCGCAUGCCGUCUCUCUGACCGCGAGGGCCGAGUCCUCCGCUGCAAGUCCCCACUCACCGCCUGUGUGACUUUGUAUUCCAAAAAAACAAAAAAACAGCUUCAUCUACAUAACCAAACCACUCUGUUCUUUGGGGUUUUUCCCCCGAUCUAUAUAUAUAUAGAUAUAUGAAUCUAUAUAUAUCUGCCUUUCUUAUUUUCGUUCUCAAUCUAGUUCUUAAUUCUUUCUGUACAGUAGAGUGAUAUCACACAAAUUGUCUUUUCAUGAUUUUUUUCUUAUUUUAUAUAUAUCUGUACACAAAAGGACCACGAAGAGCAGAGACGCCAAAGCAAAGGGAACAUCGAUAAUUAGCACUUCACCAUGAAAAGAGAUCUCCCCUCCUCGUAGCUACUUUAACGCUGAGCAGGGGGCCACACUACCUGAUUUUAUUUUAGUAGUCACAAUAUUUAAAAUGUAGAGGGAGUAAAGAAAAUGUUCACUGCCAACGUGAUCUGAUAUAUUUGUAAUUAAAGUAUAAUCGAUUGAUCAAAAGAAUACGUAUAACUCCUCUAUGCUUGUUGGUUUUUUUCUUAACCCCUUCCAUGAACAUUGUUAAAAAUUAGCUCUGACGGAGCUUGUAAGAGUAGAUACUAUAGAUUUACCAUCAUUGUAAACCGAUGCAUCUCUAUGAAUAAUAAAUUCAUCAUUAUAAAUGUGAA